GGAGAGGAGAGGAGAGGAGAGGAGAGGAGAGGAAGACCGAGGGACUGUCUGGCUGAGCAGCAGGGUGUGGAGCGGACACCGCAGCCAGCAUCGCUUAGGGCUUGGCCGAGGCUUUGAGUUUUUUUUUUCCCUUCUACAAAUUGUAUCGCGCUCCCCGCACGCCCCGGGGGCGGGGGGGCUGGACCCUGAACCAAAAAAAUCCCAGCCACGUCCCCCACCCCCUUUCCGUGAACGGGGCAUCUCCUGCCCAGGGGUAGCGGCUGGUGGAUGGGCAGCCAGCCUGCUCCCAGCGUGCGGCUAGGGGCAGGAGUCGGGGCUUAGCAUCCGCCGCCCCGCACCCUCUGGGCACCUCUCCAGAUACUGAUUUGGGUUAACCAACUCAUGCAGCAGAGCUUUGUACAAACACUCGGAACAAAGGAGAAGAGUGAAGAGACUCUGAAAAGCAUCUUCCAUAUUCUGAAUGUCCAAGGGUUCCAACCUAAACUUUAAUUUUUACUUUUUUUUCUUGAUACUGAUUUAUAUAUUCAGUCUUUUGCUAUUUUAAGGGGCUAGGCAGUUGAACUUACUAGCAAACCAACAUGGCUAGGAUUAGAUUGAUUUUAAUAGCUUGCCUGUUGGUGCUAGAAUUGCUAAUGAAUUCAGUAACUGAGCCUUCCAUACAGAACAAUGAAUGUCCACAGCUUUGUGUAUGUGAAAUCAGGCCAUGGUUUACACCGCAAUCGACCUACAGAGAAGCUACAACAGUUGACUGCAAUGACCUUCGUUUAACAAAAAUCCCCAGCAAUCUUUCCAGUGACACUCAAGUUCUUCUCUUACAAAGCAACAACAUUGCAAAGACCACAGAUGAACUCCAACAGCUUUUCAAUUUAACAGAGUUAGAUUUUUCACAGAAUAAUUUUUCUAGUAUCAAAGAUGUGGGGCUCUCAAAUCUGACUCAGCUCACUACUUUACAUCUGGAGGAAAACCAGAUAACAGAGAUGACUGACUACUGCUUGCAGGACCUUUGCAAUCUUCAGGAACUAUAUAUAAACCAUAACCAGAUUAGUAGCAUCUCUGCAAAUGCAUUUUCUGGCCUGAGGAACCUUUUAAGACUUCAUCUUAACUCUAACAAAUUAAAGGUUAUUGACAGUCGUUGGUUUGAUUCUACUCCUAACCUGGAGAUCCUUAUGAUUGGAGAAAAUCCAGUGAUUGGAAUAUUAGAUAUGAACUUCAAGCCACUCUCAAAUUUAAGAAGUCUGGUUUUGGCAGGUAUGUACCUCACUGAUAUUCCUGGAAAUGCAUUAGUAGGCUUGGAUAGUCUUGAAAGUCUUUCCUUUUAUGAUAACAAACUAGUCAAGGUUCCUCAGCUUGCUCUUGAGAAAGUUCCAAAUUUAAAAUUCCUUGACCUCAACAAAAACCCAAUUCACAAAAUCCAAGAAGGUGACUUUAAAAAUAUGCUGCGGUUGAAAGAACUUGGGAUCAAUAAUAUGGGAGAACUAGUUUCUGUUGAUAGGUAUGCACUAGACAACCUACCUGAACUUACAAAGCUUGAAGCUACCAACAAUCCAAAGUUGUCUUAUAUACAUCGUUUAGCAUUUCGUAAUGUUCCUGCUCUGGAAAGCCUGAUGCUGAACAACAAUGCUUUGAACGCAGUCUACCAAAAGACAGUGGAAUCCCUUCCAAAUCUGCGUGAGAUCAGUAUUCACAGUAAUCCACUCAGGUGUGACUGUGUCAUUCACUGGAUCAACUCAAACAAAACCAAUAUCCGUUUUAUGGAACCUCUAUCAAUGUUUUGUGCUAUGCCACCUGAAUACAGAGGACAACAGGUGAAAGAAGUGUUAAUACAGGAUUCAAGUGAACAAUGUCUUCCAAUGAUUUCUCAUGACACUUUUCCAAAUCAUUUGAAUUUGGACAUUGGCAUGACAGUGUUUUUAGAUUGUCGAGCCAUGGCAGAACCCGAACCAGAAAUUUAUUGGGUAACUCCACUUGGAAAUAAAAUAACAGUUGAAAGUCUCUCAGACAAGUACAAGCUGAGUAGUGAAGGUACCCUGGAAAUCUCGAAUAUUCAGAUUGAAGACUCUGGAAGAUAUACAUGUGUUGCUCAAAAUAUAGAGGGGGCUGAUACAAGAGUAGCUACUAUAAGAGUGAAUGGAACUCUUUUGGAUGGUACACAAGUGCUGAAAAUAUAUGUCAAGCAAGCUGAAUCUCAUUCGAUAUUAGUUUCUUGGAAGGUUAACUCCAAUGUCAUGACCUCCAAUUUAAAAUGGUCCUCAGCCACUAUGAAGAUUGAUAACCCUCACAUUACAUACACCGCGAGGGUCCCAGUUGAUGUACAUGAAUAUAACCUCACUCAUUUGCAGCCAUCCACAGAUUACGAGGUCUGUCUAACUGUAUCAAAUAUCCAUCAGCAAACUCAAAAGUCUUGUGUUAACGUUACAACAAAAAAUGCAGCUUUUGCCCUUGACAUUUCCGACCAAGAAACCAGUACCGCCCUUGCAGCUGUAAUGGGUUCAAUGUUUGCUGUGAUCAGCCUUGCCUCCGUCUCUGUUUAUAUUGCUAAAAGGUUUAAGAGAAAAAACUACCACCAUUCAUUGAAAAAGUAUAUGCAAAAGACCUCGUCAAUCCCACUGAAUGAGCUCUAUCCUCCACUUAUUAAUCUCUGGGAAGGUGACAGUGAAAAAGACAAGGAUGGUUCUGCAGAGACCAAGCCAACCCAAGUUGACACAUCCAGAAGCUAUUACAUGUGGUAACUCAGAGGAUAUUCUGCUUCUGGUAGUAAGGAGCACAAAGGCUUUUUUGCUUUAUUCUGCAAAAAUGAAAAGUUGAAGACUUUUGUAUUUUUUUGACUUUGCUAGUUUGUGGCAGAGCGGUGAGGACAGGUGGAUAUUUCAGAAUUUUUUAGUAUAGCGUAUCGCAAUUGUUUGACACAAAUGGCAGCUUCACCUAGCUUCCAAUUUUUUUUUUUUUUUUUUAGUUGUGCUAAACUUAAUGCUGUUCUAACUACAGUACUGAAUAAAAUUAAUGACAGGCUGGGGUUACCUUGUGAUUCACCGCUAGCACAGCCUCUUUCUUCUGAAGCCAUCAGUAGAGAGUACAGUAUCCUGCAACAGCUAACAUACAGUUUUGAAAUGGCAUUGAACCAGUUUUAUAACACUCUGGUCUAAAGACUCAAACUGAGAAAAGAAGACUAGAUCUUCAGUGAUGUUAGUUGACUGUACUGUAAUGUUGUAUCAACUGAUUUGAAUGUUUUUGACUUUAAACAAUGACUUUUUUCUUUUUUGUAAUAGUUGAAAAGGCUUAGGUACACCUAACAGGCAAUAGAAAUAUGUACAUCUGAUUUUUUUUUUUAAAUGUAACGAACUAAAUGUUAAUUAUCUUCUUUUUAUUAUAUUUAGUAGACACUUUUAAAGAAUACUAGCGUUUUGUUGUGCUUAAUCCACCAACACAUGGUAUAUAAUGAAGGCAAAACUAUAAUAAAUUACAGUUUUGUUCUGAUUUUUUUAAAAAGUCACAAUAAUGUAUUGUUUUUAGUUGCCCCUAAAUGGUGAUCAUGUUUUAAUAUAAAUAUAUCCAAAUUAUUAUGUAACAUGGGGGAGGGGGUUAAAGUCAAAUUUCAACAGAUUUUCAGUUUUUGCUCUAAAGAAGAAAUAUCUAUUUUAACUGGGAUGUUUUUUCUGCACUGUUUUUCAAUAUUAAUAACAAAGUACUGCAGAGUACCUAAUCAGAAAGAUUUCAAGAGUAAGGGCUGUAACUGUAUCACAUGGAAAAAUCAAAACUGCCUUAGCACACGGGGCUGGACUAAAGGACCUCUCGUGGUCUCUUCCAGCCCUAUAGUUCUAUGAUACAACUUAGGUACACAUCAAGAAAAUACACUGAACAUAGCACAUUUUCCUUUCUGUACACAUUUUUGUUUAUAUUAUAAGCUAAGUUAUACAUGAAACAAGUGUUUGGCUAUCACUGACAAUUAAAGAAGAAAGGCAACUCAACAUCACUAAAGUCAAUUAUAGUUGAAUCCACAAAUGUUUACCUGUUAAAAAAAAAUCCAUGUUAUUUGGAUUACUGUCUUUUAAAGGAUCAGUUAGAGUAUUUACAACUCAGAUACAAUAUCUCGUGGAAUGGGGGCUUAUCAGCCAAUAUCUAUUUUAUAGACUUUCAUAUGUGUAGUUCAAAAUAUUUUACCAAAUUACAGAAUAGGUUAAGAUGGUACAAAAUUACAGAAAACAGUGGUGUGAAUACAUGAAUAAUUUAGAGCUGGAUUUUCAGAUGCACUCAACCUUGGCCUUUCUACUCUCAUUAAAAUCCUUGACAGGGACUGUUCAUUGUGAGGUCACAAAGGGGACAGGGUUUCUAAUGAAGCAUCAAUUGUAGUCAUGCCAGAUGCCAAGUGAGGAAGCUGAAACUUUUGUGUAGUAUGUUAAUUUUCCACCACCCCUCUUCUCCUUAGCCAAAAGGCGGCUAAGUGCUGACUCUGCAAUGAUCAUUAACUAUAUGCAAUGUGUGGGAUGUUUUUGCAUACCGAUGAGCUAUUUUUGAGUUAAUGAUGAGCACAAAUAAAUUGUCUGAAUGCUGGAA